AUGGUCGAACACGCUGCAGCGGUGCGGAGAAAUGACGCCAGCUCUCAAUUUGCGGCUCAUUCGACGGGUUCCGGCCACACAUUCAAAUUUGACGAGGCCGAAAUUCUCGCAAGAGAUGACAACCGCGUGAGCCGGGAGCUGCUUGAGUCAUGGUUUACUGGCCCCCAGUCUAUUAACAAGUGCAAUGAUCUCCCCACUCCAUACUUGGUGCAGAGACUUGGCCUUGGCGGAGUAAUUAGCUACGCGGUAAGCGCACAGGUCAAAACUUUUCUCAACGAUAGUGUCGGUGUGUCAGAUGGUCGAGCAAUCAUCACACCAACAUGCAGCGCACGUGAGGAAAUUGCAGCAAUUAACGACGCGAAUGUCGGCCAUCACGCCACGUGCAACGAUCCCUGAUGAAGGGGAGGGAGCCGUGAAUAGGUAUGCGAUAGCAUGGCUACUGCAUCCUACGAAUACUGCAGCCGCAUGUGCAUGAACCACCCUUACCUGCUUUUGUCUAUGAUGAUGGAUUCGAGCAGGAAUCCGAAACGUCAGGCAAAUAAAGCUCUUGUCCCGGCGAUCGUGUCUUCUUCUUCUUCUUCAAAACUGCUUCCUGGGACUCGUCUCCUCGCGUCUAUUUGCAAAAGGACGAAUGUUUUAUGUCUAUGUUCAUGGAAUAUGAUCCAAUUUUUAAGGGCAUCAAAAAUAAAUGGGAAAUAUGCAUGCAAAUUAAGUAGUCAUUUUUACGGAGUGUAGUUUUUGCAUGCAGCCUGAAAGGAGUUUGCUUUAAAGCCGUCAUCCUGAGGUAACCCAAUUACUAUAGAAUUACGCUGCAGGAUCAUCAUCUGUUUUACAUCACUACUUUAUUAGUCCUUUCGAAGCGAAAACGCAUUUCGAAAUUUCGGCUGACAUUUCAUGAGUUAGCCCACCUACUAUAUAUUAGAAUUUAUAAGACUAUCAAAUAUCAAUGUGAAAAAUGAAUGCUAAUUAAAUAGUCAUUCUUUUCUGGGUGCAAUUUCCGCAGGAUUUUGAAAGGAGCUACAUUCAAAAGCCGACAUCCUGGCGGGAUCGAAAUAUUAUAGGAUUGUGCUCCAUGAUAAUGAGUAUCAAAACCCCACCUAAGUGGUCUUUUCUAAUCGAAAACGCAUUUCAGGAUUUCGGCUAAAAUUUAUGAGAUCGGUCAUUCACUGUACUUACGAUUUCGAGUUCUGGCUUUAGUCAGAUCAAGGGAGCUCCGUGCAUGCUUUGCCGAAAAAUCUUUCAUCCAUCCUUGCUUCUUCUGCUUGGGUUAUCAAUAGUUUGUCGGAGCCUGUCUAGAGAAGAGAUGAAGUUCGAGGCAGCGAGAGGAAGCAUGCACCGAAAAGCACUAAAGGCUGACUAAUUCCGCCUUAAUCCCCUAAACCUGGAAUGGAUUACUCAGUUGGAAGAGCAUUACUGAUGUGUAAAGUAGAUAAUCGCCGGAUAAAGUGUACAGAAUGGGACAUAACUCCCGUGGUGCAAUUAUUCCACAAAUUGCUUGAAUGUGUCGGCUAGUAUAUCCAGUUGAAAAUGGAAAACCUCUAGAAAAGUCCAAAAAAUAUUGAAGUAAAUUGAAUUGGAGAUAAAAAAUUUUGAAGAACGGCAAAAAUCUCGAAGGCGCGAAAAUUUGUGCUAAAUCGUUAAACAUCAUUUUCAGAAGCACCUUAGCGUAGGUUCUGGCAAGCAACUGAAUAAACAAAAGAAUUUAAGCACAUCGGCAUCUAUAAGUCCACUUUUGUUUAUCGAUGGGCGAAAUAUUUUCGAAGAAUUAGUGUCCGAAAGCGUGUGCUAUGCCGGUAUUAGUAAACCAUGGCCCUCGCAGCCUGGUAUGCGCUGGCAGUUCCCCGACACCUGGUUCCCUGCCGGUAGAUACGUUUGCGCUCCCGUUGGGUAAACAGAUGAUUGGCACAGCUGCCCAAUCGUUUCCCUCGUCCUUCUGACCCCUGUUGGGGUGUUGUUGUUGUUGGCGAAAAAUUCUGGUUAAGUGUAUGUUGUGGACCAGGGGUUGUAGUGGCACGUCUAAGUGCGGGUCCGGCCGAUCCAGCCGUCUGCUCCCUACCCCGCUUCCGGACUUCUUGACUCUGUCUUGACUCCGAGUCCAGGUGGAGAGGAGGAAGAGAGAGUGCGGUAGAUGCUGAGCAGGUCUAUCAUCAAUAGAGGCGACGAGACGACUCCCAGGAAGCAGUCUUGGAGAAGGAGACACGAUCGCUGGGACAAGAGCUUUAUUAGCCUGACGUUUCGGAUUCCUGCUCGAACCCAUCAUCAGAGACAAACUGGAGGGCAUCUCCGGAAGCAAAUGACCGAGCACGCUGCAGCGGUGCGGAGAAAUGACGCCAGCUCUCAAGUUGCGGCUCAUUCGACGAGAUCCGGCCACACAUUCAAAUUCGAUGAGGCCGAAAUUCUUGCUAGAGGUGACAACCGCUCGAGCCGGGUGCUGCUUGAGUCUUGGUUUACUGGUCCUCCAUCCCAUGAACAAGUACAACGAUCUCCCCGCUCCAUACUUGGUGCUGAGACUUCGCCUUGGCGGAGUAAUUAGACACGCGGUAAGCUCACAGAUCAAAACUUUUUUCAACGCCAGUGUCGGUGUGUCAGAUGGUCGAACAAUCAUCACACCAACACCAACACACGUGAUGCGAUUGCGGCAAUUAACGACGCGAAUGUUGGCCAUCAAACAGUCAUCACACCAAGUGCGACGAUCCCUGAUGUAGGGGGGAGCCGUGAAUGUUCAUAGGUAUGCGGUAGCAUGGCAACUGCAUCCUAUGAAUACUGCAGCCGCAUGUGCAUGAACCAUCCGUAUCUGCUUUUUCUAUGAUGAUGGGUUCUAGCAGGAAUCCGAAUCGUCAGGCCAAUAAAGCUCCUGUCCGAGCGAUCGUGUCUCCUUCUUCAGGUCUAUUAUCAUUAUAAACUAAUUCACGACCAAGUCACCUUGGAGUGAAGCAAACGGUAGACAUCGUCAGAAUCGACGGUCGAAAUGUCGGAUCUACAGUCUUUUAGAAUUUACGCGGAUUUAGGAAACUAGAUCUUCCAGUUUUGUUCUAGUCCCUAUUCAACUGAUUAAAGCAGGAAUUUUUUCUCACGAGUUAUUGGGUAAAGAUGUAGCAGGAAUGAAAGCUUGUAUAAGAUAACGCACUACUUGAAGGGUCAAUAGAAAAACCAUCUGGAUUGACUUUGUAGGUGUGACCACAAGCAUGUCCUAUUUGUAUGCUGGUAGAAAUCUUCUCCCACAAGUCAACUGCAUGCCCUCUACUGAUAGGGGAUCUGUCGAGUCCAAAUGAGUUGUUGAAAUGGUAACUAGUAUUUUUCUGCUGUCAAUAACUCCAUACAGUUGCUUAAAGCAGGUCCUGCGGUUUGGUGAAUUAUCGCAGUUCUUAAGAAAGUUUACUUAUGUAGUGAUUUAUCGCCUGUUUUUGGGUAUGUAGACGCUGGUUUGGGUCAUACAUGUAGGUCCACAGCGAAAGCCUGUAAAAAUGUGUUCUUGGUCAAGUGAAAACUUAUUUUGCAAGUUAGUUCUCUACAAGCCCUUACUAGGUAAUCCGAAUAAUGAAUUUUUGAAUCCUUUACCUUUUUUGACGUACGUUCGCGAAGAAAUUUAAGCAUUAACAAUCCCGUUAAAGAGAAAUCAGCUCUUUCUUAUUUUGCUAAAUUUACUCAACCUUUGCUUACUUUCGUGCUUCGCUCCGCUGUUAUAAGUGCACUACACGGUGAAAGUAUAGAUACUAAAAUUUUCCUUAUCGACCAACAUGGUAUUAGUUCCGUUUUUGAAUUAUGUAGUUAUUUGAAUAAACCGUUAAAAAGAGCAUCUCGUGCAAAAGUUGAAACGGCCGUUUGGUGGUAAACCUUUCCAAGGUCACUUAUGGAAAAUUCGCGUAUGCUUGGAAUUCACAAACAGAUGAUUUUCUAUUAGUUCUAUUACUUCUUUUAGGACACAUAGUUGCAGAGAUUUAUAAAUAGAAGAGACUUUUAUUCCGAACUCGAGUGAAUAUUUCCACCAUGCCUCUCAUUACUUACUCUGGAAAGAAUAUUGAUUUCCGAGUUUGCGAAGAUUGCCUUAACAAGGUGAUUGGAUAACUUUUGUCUAUUCCGUGUGAUCUGGAACUGCUAUUUGUAUUGAAAGGUCCCUGCCUCUAAAGAAAGAGCGAUUUUCGCCGUAACGUGCUACUUUCCCCGAUAAUAUAGCUCCAAAAGUGUUUUGGAUUCGCCUGGUGCUUGAAGCUUAAAUAAGAGAACACAACGACUGAUGCUCCGCGGAAAUGGGACGUUUCUCACAUAUUACGAAAUUUCAUAUAAAAAUUCCUAAGAAUAACUGACUAGUAGGCGUUCGAAAUCGAUAAAUGCUCAUCCGACCAGUACAUUUUUAUGUUAACUGGAUGCCUUAAAACAUGUAAUGAUUAAGAACAUUUGAGUGAUCUGCAUUUUCUUCGCACAAACGGUCGGCGGGAAACCUCGGAUGGGAGUAGAAACAGUCAUGCCUUAAGUGCAGCAAGUCGUUCUAAUUUUACAUACCACGAUUUGUCCGACUGCUCAGAUAAUUUUCUCGCACACUGUUAUGUGUUUUUAAGAAUAGCCAACGGCUUCGCCGUCUUAAGAAUUCAACAAGGACAUCAUAGUUGUCUUUUCUAAGGAACAUUCUAUUGGCAACAAGCUGUCAUGUACCCGGACUGAAUUGCACGAAACGCAAUUGGCCCUAGAAUGUCUGCUGUUCUGGACCACACACGUGUUCAAGCAUAGGUCAUAAAAAUUGACAGACGGAGGGCCUUUGUCCUCACCAACCCCGUGCCCAUUAUGCAACUACUAUCCCACGGCAACUCCUGGUGUUUGGGUUUUUUUUUCAACGAUUGCCCACGUCAAGUGUCAUUCCCUUCGUCGGAAACGGCAAUCCUGCAGGUUAUGUACUUAUCGCAUUUCCAACUGAAUUAGCGUGAAAAUGUCUAUUAAGCCCAGGAUGCAAAGAGUUGCCACACGACCAGAACGAUAGAUUAUAGUAUUAGUUAUCGUUCAGCAUAAUCCCCGGGUGUAUUAGUCACAUUAGGAUGCAGGCCUUUAAAUGCGUUUCUUUUCGGCAGCCUGGGAAAAAUGGCUACUUAAGGGAUAUGUAUUCUUUCUAUCGUCUUUUGAUGAGCCUAUUAAACUCGGCUAUAAUGCGAAGCAAGCGGCAAGACUGAACAACUCAAGACCGACAGGUGCAACAAGUACGCUACUCUGAUGAUGGAAACGAGGAAGUCUCCGAAACGUCAGCUGGAAUACAAGAUGGCCCAUCAAUUCGCCGUCUCUUCUUCUUCCUCUUCUUUGGGAGUUGAUGAACGCGAUACAAUGUCUGAACCUCGAAUCUUUACGCGAACUCGAAUAUAUAUUGUAUAGAAAACACACAAAACAUUUUUGUUGUGCUUAAUUGGCAGCAGAUUGCUUUUUAUUUAAAUGCUACACCUAAAGAGAGAAUUUAUUUGAUUUUGAAAAGAUUGUACUUCUGGGACUUUUUGUAUCUACGAAAUAUUUUUUUCAUGUAGUAUCGUAUCUGUUUGUUUAAUAGUCCUUUUCAUUGAGUAUGCAGCGUAGUCGGCAUCCAUGGAAACAUUUUAUGAGCCACAUAUGAUAUCUUUUUUUGGCUUAACAAAUAAAGGUUUAAUCCAAAGGCAAAACAUAAAGAGCAUAGGCUGAAGAAUCUAAAGAUGAAUGUAAUGACAGAUAGAACUCAGUUAUUUAAGAAACAAAAAGCUUAGCUAAAACCAAAAGAUGGUUUUGCCUCGAUCCUCAAACUUAAAAACACGGUUUUCUACUAAAGGAGUACAAAAAACAAUAUUGUGUUAAAGUUCUCCAUAACAUAUAUUUGGAUUUAAAAGGGCAUCGUAAAAAACUAAUCAUAUUAAUAGAGCAGUAACUUUUACCGAGCGUGCAUUUUCAGGUGGCCGGAAAAAGUGUCUUUAAAAGCUAAUAUAUCGUGGGUUUAUAUAGCAAGAUGGUCAUUUUUGUAGCUCCACUUAAAUAAUCCUUCCUAACCGAAAAGGCAUUUCCGAAAUUCGGUAAACAUCGCACUGAUUGCAUGAUCUUUCGCAGAUCAAAUGCAGCGAAUCAUUCCUGAAAACACUGCCAAGGACAGUAUUUCCAGUCUUAGAACAACAAAAAUCUACGUCAGAACUUUUAUUACCUACGAUCUUAAACUUCGUUAUUUGAAUAUCCCAAGUUCCCUGGUUUAAGGUGAUAUCUUUCAUUUAAUAAUGACCAGUAUAAGUUAACUACAUUAUUUCUUCUAGCGAUAUCACUUUGCUUGACAAUGAUAUCGUCGAAAAUGCGAUUGCCAACUUCCAUGUGCCAGUUUUCACACUGAUCAUGUCAAAUCCCUAGGGAACAAUGUAGGUUAUGAGGUCAUUACGCGGCAGCUGUCUGUUAGUGUCAAGUGGACAGAGAGCGAACACGAAGACCGUCCAAUCAAAUCUCAUAUUUUGUGUCUUUUCAUGACGGGAAGGGAAGUAAGUGAUCGUGCGCUCCAUCCGCCUUGGGUGCCUCUAAAGCAAGCCUUUUUCUAUACGUGUGGCAGUUUGCUAAAAGAAUUUCCUUCUAUAAAAGUACAAGGGCAAGCAGAUGCUUUUCAUACUUUUCUCUCGGAGAGUCCGCGUUGUUGAUUGGUCAACUUUACCUGCCAGAAGGCUCAAAAAGCCUUGUGGCACACAAGGCCAGAGAGGCAAGCGUGAAUGUCACGUACUUCCAUGCUGUCUGUGCAUCCACGCAGGCGCGGGAGUUAGACACUGAUUUUUUGUGCAAGAUGAUGCUUAAAGGGUGCACUGCAGGAGGGAGGAACUCCACAUCCGGAGCGUCAAAAGCAGCAGAGUUACUGUGUAGCAUUGGGGCUUGAAGGUCCAGGACGCGUGUCUAGAAGAACAGAGGAAUGAGUUCCAACUUGAAACAAAGCUCCGCCGAACCCUCUCCUGUGCCAACCAUCUCGUAAUCGUCUUCCUGACUUUCAUCUUAAUGCCUUUCGUGUCAAAAAGAUCAAGCUGUUGGUUGACUAGUGUGGCCAGAGAUUUGCCUUUGAAAUGUCGCUGGGAGUUGCCCUAUAUCAGACAUAAGGAGAGAGCGAACGCUUAUUUUUUGAACCGAAAAAUUUUGACAAAACUCUAUUAAGCGAAAUUCUCGAUUCCGCGACCGACCAACUGAUAGUAAUUAUAACUAAUCGUGAAAAUAAGAUUCUUAGAAGUGAUGAUCGCGGGAAGUGAUUUAUUUUGCGACUGUCUUUUCGAGAAGUAGUUUUGGAUACUUAUCUUGAGAAACUGGAGACUCCUCAAACAGCUGUCAUUAAAUGACACACUUUUUCCUGAUGAGUAGGUCGCAAAAUGUCGAGUGUGGGGAUGAAUCUGACCCCCACUACAAUAAAACCUGUGUCUCUUACCUCCCCACUGGUCGGAGCGAUAAUCAGAUGUCCCGUUUUUCCACGUCUUAAGUGUCUCGUGUCAAGUAAGUUCGUAAAGCCAGAUAGAUGGGGGGGGGCGAAUUAACGCGGCGACCGACUGAGCAGUCGGUGAACAUUAAAGCUUCUAUACACCUGCCUCGACGUGUGAUCCUCUCUUUGGGCCGCCAUCGUAACUGCGUCCUAGACUUUAAUUGUAUCACAGGAGCUUCGGAGAGUUCUAACAUCGGCUUAUUAAUAUAAAACUCUCUAUGGCCACUGAUGUUAAAUGUCAGCUUCCAGGUGAUUUUUGGCCGGCGAGAGAAGAACGUUCAGACUUAGCGGAUUGCCCCCAUUCAAAUACGAAACAAGAUCUAACUCGAGCAAGCUUCCAUCUUAUCUGUGCGUUGGAUGGAAUAUGUGGAACGAUAUAUAUGUAAGAGAUCUUAAGAGGCUACCAAGAACGUCAUCUUCUUUGUAUCUAGGAAUAGAAGUUGCUCCGUUGUCAUUGUAAAAUUUCUUAUAGAAUUAUAUAGGCAAAAACGAAACUUUUUCACAGAUUAUCCAUAAGUGGCUCUAAGGGCUCGAGAGCUGUAAGCCUGGACCAAACAAAAAGGCCAAUGCGAUCCAUGCCUCCUAAGUGAAGUGCUUUGUGUCAUAAAACAGUAGUAAAAUUAAGUACUAGUAAUUAUGUGUUUCGUAUGCGCAUGAAGCUCCUUUUUUUCAAUACGCAAAACCUUAGCUUUAAUGCCUGUGCUAACAGAAGUAUUUACUGUUAUGCCUAUGUCUACUUGCAAUGAAAGUUCGGCAAAGAGUCUUAAGCCUUUUUUUAUUUCCUGCUGGGAAGUUCGCACGAGAUUUUUGUUGCCAAACAUGUCGACUGGCAUGCUGCGAAGCCACAGGGUAUUCUGACAAGAACUGUAGACACAAGAAGUCAUGGGGUAGUUAGGUAUGGGUCUUAUACCGCACAGAACGUUGUCCUUAUUCAGGCUGCCCGAUCUUUCAAGAUGAUUAUAAAUUGGCCGUUCAAAUUCCUUUGCCUGGAACCUAACAGACCAGACUUUGUUCUUUGGAAGGUUACGUUGAGCUUGCCGGGACUGUCACCGUUAUACCUCUAGAGGGAUGACGGUUUGAGUCGACAGUCGACGAAAAACGCAAACCCUGCCUUUUGACCGUCUAUGAGGUCGGUUGGUUCACUAUCUCUUGGUUUCCUAGGGACCAUGGAGUUGAUCUGUCUAAUCUGAAUUUAAGUUGCCAAUUUUCCCUCUCCAUCCCUCUGGAAUUUGUCUUAUUUACACAAUAAUUGGUCUGCUGUACCUGCUACAAGCUGAUUUACAUCCUUUUUGCAUGUUUAAACCGCAGUUAUGAGGUCAUAUUUACACUAAACUAGCGCCGUUUCGAAGGAAAUGCAAUCUAGCGUGGAUCACGCAUCGAAUUCAUCGACAGUUUCAGUUUGGGGCCGAUAUAUCGCGUUUCUAAUCGUCAGAUGUUAUUUAUUUCACGUACCGAUGUUUAUCCACGUUAAAGUGAAAGCAUUUUUGCUGGAAAUUUUGGGAGGUUCUUUUCGAAAUAAAAUGAAAAAAUUAAAAAGUCGCCAGGGUAGGGAGGAUGGAUGAAAAAACUUUUUGCGGCUCAAUCGGAUUGCCUUCUUCCUUAGAGCAAUCCAUGCUUUACAUUGGGUCCCACAACUCUUGGCUAGGCUUUGUCCGGGGAGAUGCGAUCUGUAUAGGGGUACCCAAAAGUCCGUACCACGCAGCAUGAAACACUUUGUAGAGACUGUGAUGGCGCAAAUAACGACCGAGGCAGGGUGUCACCGUUGAAACACUUUGUCAGCUACAUAAAGAUAUAAAAAAACAUAAUCUCUGUGGUUUUUUGGAACCAAAAUUUUGAAACGGAUUGCCAACUGCUGCUUGUUUUUUCGUGAGACGGGCAACGAAGUAUAAGUACACAGCGGCCUGAAUUUAUUCCGUAAAUGGAUAAGAAAUCAACGAGGUUGCAAGUUAGAACAAGAUGUUUUAUUAGCAAAAAACUGACUUAAAAAGGCAGUAGAAGAAGGCAAGAGGCAAGGUAACGUACAAAGGAAUGUAGAUCAACAUUUUAGGAGUCGUCGGGGAAGGGUCAUGUUUUCCGCAUUUUCCAGGUUAAUGCACGUCAGUUGGCUGUCAUCACGCGAAACAUUCGGUAAGGCCACCUAAAAUUACCUAGAGACAAUUUACCCAGUAAGUAAUACGUUCUUAUGGUCUCCUUGUACUAAAUCCUGGUGUAACCAAGAAUUUUAUACGCUAUCCUUUCUAAAGAGAGUGAAUCGCCCACGCCAAUAAAGCUGCGAAUUGUUAAAAUUUCACUUUUAAAGUUUGUCUCACUUUACUCAAUGCGCUGAGUCGGAACAGCUGUUUCUCGUAAAAACAACUAAGGUAAUUUAAUCAGUUUUUCCUAAGCCGAAACGUGCAGGAUUUUUUGAAAAAACGUCCGUGGACUUUCUCGCGCUUUCACCGCAGGAGAAACGAUGGUUUAUUUUUGAACGCGAAUGUCAACCGGGUAAAAAAAUUGCAUUGUACCCUGCAACCUUUUCGUUGAAUUAACAGCAUGUCUGGAUUUCGACCGACAGUGCCUUACAUAAUUUCAAAACCGAUUGAAUGCCAAGGAGCCAUCUGAGUAACUGUAUUGUAUUCCUUGUCCAAAGUGUUCACGUUACUACCCAGGCCAGACUGAACGCAUGAUAGGAUCGCGUAUACGCGAAAAUAAGCUAGCUGUGCGACGGCAUCCCAAGUGGCUGCCGAUAUCUACGAAACGAUUCAUGCGUCUAAAUUCGUAGUCACCAAGUUGGUCGCUCACGCUGGGAGCAAGACAAGCUGAGAAUUGGUUGAAGUUUGGACCUCUAAUGAGGACUCAACCAAUCGAAGCGUCGAUCCGGCGCCUGCAUACAAAGCCCUGCGCAGUCACCUCCAGAUCUGUGUACUUGAUCGUUGAUUGGCUAAAACUUUCCAAAAACUGCGUCUGCUGUGCUACUGCUGCUGCUGCUGCCAGUUGUAAAAAUGGACUUCUACAAAAGUUGGAAAACUAGGAAUACUUGGCGAACUAUUUCGAUACUCUACCAUUCUACUGCUCUGCCCAUACCUUCAUCUGGAGCUCGAAAAUUCGCCAUCAUUCUCCGUAUAUUUGAGCAUUUCUGCAAAUACGUUAAUUUCUAUCUCUCUAGACCUUUGUCAGCGUAAAGAGUUUAGGGCUUUUUUACUAGUAAUAAAUCGUGAUAAGACCGUUUUUGCAAAUCAGUUGACCCAAAUUUUGCAGUUAGUACAAAUGAUCCGACCAUAAGUUAGAUCAUUUGUGCUUAAAGGAGUCUCAAAAUCAAGUGAUAAAUCUAAUCAGUUGGCCCUGAGUUUUACGAACGGAACCAUAAAUGAGAUAGUACUGUCAAAGACAAGGGAGAUCGGAAUGGCCAUUUCCGACUUAUUAGCCGUCAUCACCCAGUCAUUCCCAACCCCAAGUGUGAAUCCCUUGAGGUACAAACCCGGGAUUUUCGUUCAUUCUAUCAUUGAGCCACUGGCCCGUUGUCCUGUCGGUUGUGAUCGAGAAUAUUAUAUAAAUAUUAUAAAUAUAUUUAUACUGAUACAAAUAUUAUUACAAAUAUUACAUCUACUGUUAAUCGCUGUGCGACUGCCCGUAAGGGUUCUAGUAUGAGCCCCAUUGCAUAACGAAGCGAGCAUGUUUCACACCUGGUCGGUGAACGCCUGUCUGUCAUAAUUAAUGUUCCAUAUUGAGCCAACUGUGAAAAACUCGGCGUCUCGGUGGGAUUCAAACCCACGCAGUAAUUGGCAGGCUUUAGUACAGCCAACGCUCUAACCACUUGAGCUACGAGACCCGGCCGGACGACAUGAAUUUAAUCGCACUUGGGUCAUGUUAUCCGCCCCACCUACUGCAACAUCUGGAAUCCACCAAAUCGGAUACAGUAAGUUGACUGCCCAAACAGGAUUUCCUAAGUAAUUCACCUAGAAUCCAUCAGGCGAAAUCUAUGAAUAAUUAAUAUUCCCGAUCACAACCGACAGGACAACGGGCCCGUGGCUCACUGGUAGAGGGCCACCGUCCAGGACCAAAGAUCUCGGGUUCGAAUCUCAAGUGAUCAACACUUGGGGUUGGGUAUGACUGGCUGAUGACGGCUAAUAAGCCAGAAAUGGCCAUUGCGGUCUCCCUUGUCUUUGUCGGUACUAUCUCCCUACGUCUACUAUUAGUCGCUAUGCGACUGUCUGUGAGGGUUCUGGUAUGAUCCUCAAGGCACAACGGAACGAGCAUGUCUCGUAACCUGAUCGGUGAAUGCCCAUCUGUCAUAAGGGAACCCUAAAUGCGCAUUUGUAAAACGAGUGAAUACAAAAAUGUCUUAACUUUUGAAGUGCCGAAAAAAGCCACCGUUGUCUAAAAAUGACCAAGACCCCGUAGCAGAAAGAAUAGGGAUAGUAAAAUUCUCAGAUCUGACAUGUUUCGUGUUGUUAGACAGGCGCGCUUUCGUGGUGUUUUAAUACGAACCCGGUUACAUAUCUGCAAACUGACAGCAGCAUAUCAGAAAUAGAUCCGAAUUAUCGAUCUAUGCGCGGCUAGUGGGUUGCAUACGAGCGCUCCGCUUGGCAACCAUUAGCCCAAAGGCGAAACCCCACUCACUCCUAGAAUCAGGAAUUACAGUGCUCUGUACAGCCGUAGGAUUAUCCGCAUAGGCCAUUCGCACUCAUCUCAAAGGCUAGGCGUAAAUGUUUGUUUUCAUUCUGCAAUCAGAAGAGGUACGUACACGUUACUCACCUAUGGCUAACUACUUUUGAUCUCAGCGGAGAUUAUAUGAGCUGGUUGGUACAGUGAUGAGAACGCUGCAGAUGAUUUACUGACUCGGAGUUAAAAUCUCGAGUGUGCAGCCCCGUGGGGUUGUAGUGCUGAUCAAGGCAGAUAAGUCAGACAGAGCAAUCCCAGUUACGCCCUUGUCCUUGUCGGUAGAAACCAUCCAUUGAAUAAUUUCUCAUUUUCAGGCCAAUGCCUGUGUGGGUUAUGGGCCGUCAGCUCCAAGGCAGAAUGGGAAGACUGAUUCCCACCUUGCAGUUUAUAGUGCGUGACUGAUUUCAUGAAAUGCUGGCUAAAAUUCUGAAAUUCGUUUCCCAUUAGAAUGGAUUACUUGGGCGGAUUCGUAAUAUUGAUUAACUUGCGACAUAAUCCUAUAAUAUUUCAGACUCCGUAGGAUGUCGGCUUUUGAAUAAACUUCUUUUCAACCUCCUGUAGAAACCGUACGCGGUAAGGAAUGACUACUUAUGUAGCAUGCAUUUUCCCGUUGAUUUUUGAUAGUUUAUCAAAAACGAAUAUAUUUCGUAAAAAAAUGGACAAAAGUGUUUUCGUUUGCCCAUUUGACAGAGACUCAUGUCAUCUUUAUAAUGUAUACUUUAAGAAGGAGUACAAUUAGGUUUUGAAAAUUUUACAAAUUCCCGAAUAAUUUUGGGACUUGGUCAGCCGAUGCAUUAACGCUUAGUGAUUUCAGUCUACAAGGUGCAUGCGUUACGUAUAAAGAAAACCACAUAUUCUUCUAUGCCUUUAUAAAGAUACCAUAUAGAGCCCAUAAAAUUUUGCAAUGGAUGCGGACUACGUUGAACAUUUCAUGAAGAGCAGUGGUAAACGGACAGGUACGAUGCUGUGUGAAUGGACUGGUUCCCACCUUGCAAUUUAGAUAGAUCGUGUACUUCAUUCUCAGAUGAAUGGAAUUUCAGAAUGCUGCUUCUUGGUAAACAUUUCUUUCUGAUAGUGCCUUUAAAGCGUAUUUUAGCGACGGAAUAUCAUCUUUAGCUGUUUGUUGAGAAACUUACAGCAGGUGGCGUAUCUUGUAAAAUGUUAAAGGAAACUUUGAAAUACGAUGUCGGUUUACUUAGCUAGGACUGCAAUAUUAACUACAAUACAGCACAGUUCCAGCAUAUUUCGGUCACGCCAGGAUGCGGGGACGUUUGAAUGCGCCAGAUGGCUGCUGGCAGGCCCGAUACUGAGUCCCAAAUCACAAAGCGGAGGGAGUAUCGCUACCGGUGAAAGCCCGUCUGCCGGAAACUCAUUUAAAGUAGAUGGGCUAACUCGUGAAAUGUCAAAUGAAAUUCCGAAAUGCGUUUUCGUAUCGAAAAGAUUAAUUAAGAAGGGUUGUACAACUAAUCAUCAUGCAGUAUAAUUCCAUAAUACUUCUGUUAUCUCAGGAUGCCGGCUUCCAAAUGAACCCCUUUCGGCCGCAUACAGAAACUACACUCUGUAAAAAUGACUACUUAUGUAGCAUGUAUUUUCCUCAUUGAUUUUCGAUGCCCCUAAAAGCCCAGUAAUAUUUCAUGGAAAACGUGCAUAAAAAUAUUCAUUCUCUUGCUCAUUCGGUGAAAAAUCACGUCUUCUCCCUAUUCUUUAUUCAAAGGAGGGACAUAAUUCGGCUUUUAAAAAGUUUCUGAUUGCGAGACUUUUAAAUACCUCGUAAUGGCCGUUCAUAACACCUCAGUUGGCAGCCUUCCAUGCCACAGUUUUUAAGCACACCGUGAUAGUUUAAGGGCGCGUCAGGUUGAUUAUAGUAGGGAAGUGCUCUGAGAUGCCGGGUGGACGGAAUCCACACAGUUGACCUCACUUUAUCUUCCUUCUCUCAUCCACCUCUCCAUCGUCCGAAGCGGUCAGCCACUUGGUGCGGAGAUUGGGCGAAAGUGGAUGACGCGAACUGAUUCUGCGCCUGAGCAUGCCAUAAUUCCCUCGUGUUUGGAAUUUUUUAAGGAUGCGUACACUGACCUGGCUCGCAUGUUGGUCGAGGGCAUCUCUGGCGCGAGACCUUGUUUCUGCAGCACAUCGGGAGGGACAAGCACAAAUAUCAACCCGCAGAACGCCGAGUUGGUCGGGGUAGGACGAUGGACAACGAGAAGUUUCCAGAAUCAAAAGGACGGGAGAAAGUGUUAGUAGAACGUCCUUUACUGCAAAAAGGGAGCGUGAGAACAGCUAAUAAGGCUGUGACGGCAAUCUCUGCAACAAGCUGACUACUCGAGAUGCACGCGUGGGUCUGAGCCUUAUUCGAAUGUGGCUAAUACAGUAGGUGGGCUAACUCAUGAAAUGUCAACCGAAAGUCCUAAAUGCGUUUUCAUUUCCAAAAGAUUAAUUAAGUGGUGUUGUAAAACUAGUCAGCCUGCAACGUAAUUCUAUAAUAUUUCAGUUAUCUCAGGAUGCCGGCUUCCGAGCUAACUUUUUUCCUGCUGCAUGUAAAAACAACACGCUGUAAAAAUGACUUCUUACGUAGCAUGUAUUUUUCUCCUUAAUUUUCGAUACCCCAAAAAGUCCAAUUUUAUUCCACGGAAAAUUUGCAUAAAAAUAUUCAUUCUUUUUCCCAAUCGGUAGAUAAUUACGUCUUCUUUCAAUUUUAUACUCGCAGGUGUGACAUAAUCCGGUUUUAAAAAAAGUUUCCAAUUAUGAGACUUUGAAAUACCGUAAAAUGGUUGUUCAUAAAUCGUUAUAUCUCUGCAUUUACCAGGGUGGCUUGCACAGUUAACAAUAUGAAUCAAAUUCACUGCUUAAUUUUGUGAAUUCUAUAUGGUCUACCUUUAGUACCGUAGAGAAAUGUUUGGUUUUCCGUAGGCGGAAAAUAUACGAUUUGUAGUUUGUAAUCCAUGAUUACAAGUGUCACGUUAGAGCGGGUUCAAAAUUUGUCGGGAAUUGGAAAAGUUUUUGAAAACCGAAUUAUACCCUUCCUUCGAGUAUAACAUUGGAAGUAGACGUAAUUAUAUACCGAAUGGGCAAGAGAAUGAAUAUGUUUACGCAUUUUUUUCAUGAAAUCUUAUUGGACAUUUAGGGGGCAUCGAAAAUCAAUGCGAAAAAUUCAUGCUACAUAAGUAGUCAUUUUUUGCAGAGUGUGGUUUUUGCAUGCAGCCGGAACGAAGUUCAUUCGAAAGCCGGCAUCCUGAGGUAACUGAAUUAUUAUAGAAAUAUGUUGCAGGCUGACUAGUUUUGCAGCCCUACUUAAUUAAUCUUUUCGAAACGAAAACGCAUUUCGGAAUUUUGGUUGACAUUUCAUGAGUUAGCCCACCAACUGUAGGUAAAGAGAGAAAUACCGAUCAAUCUCAUGGCGUUGGCGAGCCAAGGGCUGAGUCGCUCGCGACGGAGGCAUUGAACUUGCAAGUGGAGCUUAACUGCUGUCGUCACCACAAGUUCACUGCCAAACGCUUCGGUCUCAGUCUAGGAGUCAUGAUUUAAAUCUGCACUCGACACACAAGGCCACGUGCCAUUGGAUGCAGCAACUACACAGUCACAUCUGCCCCGGCUUGUUGUCCACACUGGCCUUAUUGAUUCCUAUGCUGAGAUCGCAGAUGUCAUCAGCUGACGCCAUUGUGAUUUUAUGAUCAUGUUAACGUAGUGGACACUGGCGAUGCAUAUGCUGUUGGCGAUAGUAACACCUUGUCAGAACGUGACCUUAGGUGUGUGCGAACCAGUCGGGACAUUGGGUGGCCAGCCGCAUUUUGUUUCACUGCCAAUGACUCUUUGCCAAACCGCGUGCAUCUCUCCAGCCAAAUCAUUCGGUGCUCAUACUAUGGAGACCAGCCCCACAGCCGUGAACGCUCGGGACUCAAUGAAGUUUCGAGAAGCUUGUCUAGACUGUCUCGCGUGUUUUGAAUAUCUCAGCUUCCGAAAAUGCGGCUAGGUUACAGAGACCAGCCCUACAGUCGUGAACGAUGGGGACUCAAAUAGGCUCUAAGAGGUGCGUCUAGAAUGUCUGUCAUGUUUUGAAUGUGUCAGUUUCCAAAAGUGCCUUGGAAACAACAAUAUCUAUCUAGAGGCUUUCUUGAGAGAAUAGAAAUUUCUUACACAGAGCACUUCGCCUCAAUGCCCGACAGGAGUACGUUAAAAAAUAUCUGCAGGUGGAUUAGCCAGUGGCCUUCGUCGAAGUCCAACUUCUUAGAGCGUUUAGUCCUUUGAUUAGUGGAUUUCCGUGUAAUCAACUUAGCAAUUCACCAACCCCAUUUGUCACUUUAAGUAAUUUCUGACCUCCGAUUCGAACACCACAGUCAGCUCUUAAACGCAAUUCUUGGAGAAACUUAACGGAGUAUGUCUCCUGCCAAGCGAUAUCAUGGUUUCCGUUGAUGUCACGGCCCUCUUUAUUUCUAUUCCGCAGGACCUGGCAGUCGAGACCAUCGAACUACUCCUGCGAGAGAAAUACGACGAAAUGGAGAAUCGCCUCGGACACGCCCAAUUCAUCCAGCCCCUGAAGUUCUGUCUCAAGACGUACUUUACGUUCGACGGAACAAUCUACGAGCAGGUGAAGGGAACGCCAAUGCGUUCGCCGAUUUCGGGACUCAUAGCCGAGGCGGUCCUACGGCGGCUGGAGUAG